AGGGGCCAAAAAAUGUUCACAGGUGUGUCUGUCUGCCUGCCUGCCUGCCUGUGUGUGUGUGUGUUUCUUUGUGUGUAUGUUUUUCUCCCCCAGAGUCUGAGCAUCUCAAUUUAUCCCAACAGACGUGCUGUUCUUGGAAACACAAACGAUGACAUCAUAAUGCAGCUAAGAGUUUGCUGUUGCAGAGACAAUGGUGUCCUGUCCCUGAGGAGGAGGCCCCAGAUGAAAGGUUCCUUACACUCGCACAAACAACAGAAGAACUCCAUUGCUGCAUCUCUUGUUUUACCUCAUUCUCCUGCAUAUCCUAAAUCAUCUCUUGCUGCAGGGCAGGCCCAGCUCUUGAUGGAGCAUGUUGGGGGAAGAAAGAGAGAGAUUUACAAAAAACUAUGGAAGACAUGGGCCUUAUUGUCAAUGGACAAUAACCAGCAUCUGGAACAAAAUCAGACCUGACCCCCUCAGGCACACAGCUGCUGUACUGAUCUUACUGGUGCAGAUUCCCUCAAAGGGCUAUGCCUUAUUCAGACGUUCUUGAUAUGACAUUUACAUUUGGGUAAUCGAUGAGAUGCAUGUAAAAUCUACUGAGAUGACUCUCUUGACAGCAUCUUUGAUUGUCUUUCAGUUGCUUGGUUUCCAAUGUUCUGAGGUUGAAAUUAGUGCCUAUAUAUCAUUCAUGCCUAUAUCAUUUGAAUAGAUGUUUAUUACUGCACGUUGUUGUAGUGUUCACAAUGUAACAUUUAAAGAAAUCUCUGUUUAGUUGAAGUGUGAUGGGUUGGCACCCCAUCCUAGGUUAUUCCCUGCCUUGUGCCCGUAGCUUCAGGGAAAGGUUCCAGACCCCCGCUACCCUGCAUAGGUUAAGCGGGUAUCGAAAAUGGAUGGAUAGAUGUUUAAUUGAAAUGUAUAUAAAAGAAUUUGUAUGUAUGCAGAGAUUUUAUUUGUAAUAUUCUAAAUUUUACUGUUGCUUCAAAUUCAUAUAACUGCAUGUGUAAAAAUAUGCAAACCACAAAAUGAACCCAAUCAACAAUGAAUAUUUAUAAUAAUUAUAAUCAUAUAUGUACAUAAUUGGGAACCAAAUUAUUCAAAGAAAACUGGUCAGCUCAGCCUUACCCAUCCUGCUUAAUGUAAUGAGCAGUGCUAUUUUGUAAAAACCUACAGAAGAAUGACAUAAACACACAUUACUCUGGCGGGCAUUUAAAAUCCAAAAACCAUUUUGGAAUCAUCAGUCUGCCGUAAAACAAAAUGUCAGUAUGUGGAGAAAACGUAAAAGCUGCGGGCCUCUAUUACAGCAGCUCAUGUUAGUGUUCAAACCUGAGCAGUACAGCAGUAACAAGCAACAGCAUUCACAGGAAAUUAACCAGAUGAAAACAUUGCUGCUUGACUUCAAUAGACCCCCUGAAUGAUUGUUUAGUCUUUUGGAAGCAUAUGCUUCCUACCUAUGAGCCAAAAUCAAAGACAUUGGAAAUAAAAUCAUACUACCUUCAAUCAAAAUAACCUUAUCCCAACCACUGGGCAUGCAAAUUCUCUGUUGGCCAUUCGUACAAUAAAUUGGGACUUGCCUCUUCGCCUACCCCAUCUUACCCUCCAUAGCUUGGGAGUAGCAGUGCAGGAUCAGGCAGUGUGUGGUGCCCCAGGAGCUGGGUGGUAAGGGCCCACAGACAUGUGGCUGUUCUGCUGAGGUCAGGGUUUGAACAGGCGAUCCUGGGCACAGAGGCUCAGCCUGCGGAACGGAGCCGCUCAGCACCCCCUGCUCAUUGGAGUCUCAUGGAUCGGAUCUUCCGGAUUUUUCUACCCUGUCAUACUUUAUAAUCAUGUCCUCAUGUUCUCCUACUGGUUGUUGGUUGUACUGCCUUGCCUUCACCCCCCCCCCACAGGCUGUGUGAGAGCAUCAUGGGGGCGUGUGGGAGGAAAGCGCUGUCAGGUCUCCAGCUGCCAGUGGCCUUUGUGCCGCUGUGCAUUUAUUACUGCCUUUACAGAACAACACGACUGUGAAGAAGGAAAACUGGGCUUCCUGGGGUUAAUAAAACAUACCCACACCUGUCUGACUGUAAUUCUGGCAAGAACUAUUUUCCUCCAAAAGGGGGAGACGAUAAAAAGAUCUUGAAUAUUGAAGGUCCUGUGGUAUACAAAUAGCAUAAAAUGAAGAAAAGCUGAAUUUCCCAAAAUCAUUUCAGGUGUCAGAGAUACCCUCUACACACCACUGCACAGUGACAGACCAGCUCCUUAAAGGCUGGCAGACAGACACAUAGGAGCAAGUGCCAGGGGACAACUGGAUUUGAAGGACACAUCCAAGGCUGUAGUGAAAGGUGUAGGCCAGGGAUGAGAGCAGUGACCCUGUGACACUGACAGCUGGUAGAACAUGGAGGCCCCUGUCUGCAGGGUGGGGGUCAGCCUACCUGGCAAUGUCUGCGCACCACCUGCUGACGGAAGGGUGAAGCGUAAUUUGCCAACCCUGCCCAUCAUCAACCCAGAGCGACUGCGGACAGCCAAAGCCCUCGUGGACAAGGCUGUGAAGCUGCGGAAGGUGUUCUCCGUGCAAGGGCCGUACCCUGUGGUGCGUGCCAACCUGCGGGCACGGGGCUGGGUGGAACGCCACAUACCGCACCCAAACCCCCUGGCGAGAUGCCGCCACAGGGAUGAAGAAGAUGAGGACUAUAGGGAUGACAGCGACGGUGAUGACAGCCCUGAGGUGGUGGAAAAACCCGGCAACUCUGAUGACCUAUUUGACCUCAUGUCUCGUCUGGUUCGUAAUGAAAGCACGUAUUUCUACUGGACGACAAGGAGAGAUGAGAUCGACUGUCAUUCGCUGCGGAAGGAGCAGAUGACCAAUCACUAUGCAAAGGCGGGCAGCUUCACUACCAAGGUUGGUUUAUGUGUGAACCUGAGGAGCCUUCACUGGUUUGACAAGGCCGACCCCGACACCUUCUUCCCACGCUGCUACAGGCUUGGGGCGGAGGACGAGAAACAGACCUUUAUCGAGGACUUCCGCAGAACAGCGUGCACCAGCCUUUUGCAGGCUGUUGUGGAGAGAGGCCCUGGGGAGCAGAGAGGGGGGGUGGUGCCUGAUCCCAGCCAAUCACAGUGUCAAAAGAAGUCGAAUAAGCACAGAGCCUUGACAAUGGCUGGGCCUAGAAUGAUUGACACCGCCUUAAACGUGUGCCAGGACUUUCUGGACAGCCUGGAUCACUGUGACAUUGAUAUUGCCAGAGAAACACCUUCUCUCACAGAACAGCAGUGGGCGGAGUUUAUUUACAACUAUUACCUCAUUAUACACAACGGCGUGACGAUGGAUGACAGCGCUCGGUACACAGACCGCUGUCGGGCGAUGCUGCAGAGGCUGCGGAAGGUCUGUCCCCAGCUGGAAACAGACGGAAUCCACAACAUCUGGAUCGUUAAGCCCGGGGCCAAGUCACGAGGCAGGGGCAUCCUGUGUUUUAAACAUCUGGACGAUAUCUUGAAGCUGGUAGACAGUGAUCCUGCUUUGAUCAAGGACAGCAAGUGGGUGGUACAGAAAUACCUGGAGCGCCCCCUUCUGAUUCAUGGCACCAAGUUUGACCUGCGACAGUGGUUCCUGGUGACGGACUGGAAUCCCCUGACCGUGUGGUUCUACAAUGAGUGCUACCUGCGCUUUUCCACCCAGCCGUACUCCGUAGAAACACUGGACAGCUCAGUUCACCUGUGUAACAACUCCAUCCAGAAACACUUCCCACCGUCUCAGCAUCGCCACCCGGAGGUGCCCGAGGACAACAUGUGGUCCUGCCAGCAGUUCCGCUCUUUCCUGGGUCGACAGGGCCGAGGGGCCCAGUGGGAGGACAUUGUGGCCCCGGGCAUGCGCCAGGCAGUGGUGCAUGCCCUGCAGACGGCGCAGGACCUGGUGGAGUCCCGGCAGGGCAGCUUUGAGCUUUAUGGCGCCGACUUCAUGCUGGGGCGAGACCUGAGGCCUUGGCUCAUCGAGAUUAACGCCAGCCCAACCAUGGCUCCCUCCACGGCUGUGACGGCCCGUCUGUGUGCCGCUGUGCAGGAGGACACGCUGCGGGUGGUGCUGGACCGCCGUCUCGAUCGCAACGCCGACACGGGCGGGUUCGAGCUCAUAUACAAGCAGCCAGCUGUUGAAGUCCCGCAGUACGUGGGGGUGAGCUUGCUUGUGGAGGGAGCUUCCCUAAAAAGAUCUCGCGCACCCCAUCAGGGGAGCCCUGUCCUCCAUGAGCCCUCGUCCAUCCCCCAGCCUCGUGCCAAGCACCCAGGCCAAAACACGGCCGUGAAAGGUGGAGAAGCGGCCGGCAGACCUGGGAAAACCGCAGAGAAACUGGCAGAGCCACCCCGGACUGCAUCCUACAGCAACACCAUUGCGGUGCCAAGAUGCUCCUUCCCUGGCAAGGAGAACCACAGGGAAUGGAAAGGGACAGUGCCUGCCCAGAGCCCCAUGAGAGGCCGGGGAGGUUCAGUGCUUGGGCGGCGGCUCUACUUCUCUCCUAUCAGGGCCACCCCCAAAAUCACAGGACAUUCCAGCCGCAGCACAGAGUUCAAAAAGCCAAGAUGCGUGAGUUUCUCCAGCACAGACGUCCCGCAAAGGCAGCUAGGCCGGGCGUAUCGCUCUCUGGACACAAUGCGGCACACUUACCGCAGCCGCAUGUCCCACACCGGCCGCCUGUGGCUGCCCACCCCCACAGCCCCACCGCGGGCUCCCCACAGACUCCCCACCCUGUACACCCCAAUCCCACCACUAGGGGUCAGCCCGCAGAUGGAUGUGUUGAGUGCUGCUCACACCACAGCCCAUGAGGUGCCAAUCUCACACACCAGCCCCCAGCUGCGUCAGGUGCUGCCUCUGAAACAGAUCACAGCCAGGUGUAAAGAGGGUGGCAGCCGCAAGUCCAAUUAAAAACUACCUAGUAUAAUAACCUAAACUAGGCACUGAAACACUGGGGGGCACCAUAUGGCUCAGUCAGUUAGACCUCUGGGGGUGAUGACAGUACUGCACCAUAUUCUCUCUCUUAGGGGGUAUCCCAGGACAAAGGCAAAGGUGUCCAAGGUGCUGUUAGAGUAGCAUGGUGUGCUUUCAUUUUUAAAUCACGAUUAAAAUUGUGAUUAAUCGUAUACCUCAGCUGUACAUGUCGCGAUGCCAUCAAGACUUUGAAGUCUGUAUAGUCAGUAUAAUAAUUAAAUUCAAUUUAAAUCUU